CUUAUAGGAGAAAGGUCGAGGGGGUAAGAUUAAGCAACAGUGGGGUAUAUAAAGCAGAUUGGUGGGCCAUUCGCUACAGUUUGAAGUUCACGCAGUAGCCAGCGAGGAGUUCUGCAGGACCUCACCUCAACCACCAUGAAGAUUCUGGUAGUGCUGUGUGUCAUGGCGGUGGGCGCCCACGCCCAGUUGGGCCAAACUGGCAUCGUUAUGCCCGACGGAAACAACGUCCAGUUCACUCACGACCAGGCCGAGAACAUCCUUCUGAUUGGGUCCUCUGGAGCCAUCACUGCUGACGGCAAACACGUGCAGCUGGACCGAGAUGGACUUCCUGUCACCCGCACUAAGCGAGCUGUGUUGUUGGAGGGACCCUCUGGCGUGCUCUUUGAGGACGGACAGAAGAGGCACCUUCCUCCUGGUGUGGAAAUCGUCCUCAUGUCAGAGGCUGGCGCCGUCCUUUCCAACGGUGAGAACGUCCAGUUCCGCAAGAAGCGUGAUGUACUGCUGGAAGGACCUUCUGGCGUGCUCUUCAAGGACGGACAGAAGAGGCACCUUCCUCCUGGUGUGGAAAUCGUCCUCAUGUCAGAGACUGGCGCCGUCCUUUCCAACGGUGAGAACGUCCAGUUCCGUAAGAAGCGUUCCUCCCCCCUCAUCGACUCCAUCAAGGGUCCCUCAGGCUACGUCACACCCACCGGGCAGCUGUUCCAGCUUCCUCCUGGUGUUGAGGUCGUUAUCGAGGGUCAUUCCGGUGCUCUUCUUUCUGAUGGAACUGCCAUCCAGUUCUUCGAGUAAAUUCCCUCAACUCAAAACCCUGCUUGGUCCAUCACCAACAGCACUCAAUGAAUAACACCUCCAUGAACACAAUCACUACUAGGGAUUUCAUGGUAUCCAAUGUAUAUUCUUUUCUAAUAUAAAAUAAAUAAAUAAGAAAAA